UUGUUUUGCUUUGAUUUUCUCUUUAGUCUCUUUGUUAUGGUAAAGAGAAGAUAAUUCAGACCUGAGAGACCAACAAUUGACAACUCAUGGCUGGUGUCCAGACUCUCGAACUAGAGAUCCAAGUGAACAUGACGGCCGAAAGAUUCUUCAACACUUUCAAGAAGAAAGAAGGAAAUUAUACGGACAAGACAGAGGCAGUUUCUGUUCAUCGUGACGAUCCCAAAUCUAACUCCUCCAUUCAGAUAUGGAAUUUCAUCGUAGAUGGAAAGAUAGAGCAGAUAAAGGAGAAGAUAGAAGUAGAUGAAGAGAACAAGUCGGUGUCCUUUUUAGCUCUUGAAGGAGAUGUGUUGAAACAAUACAAGAGCUAUAAGAUAACACUUGACGUUGUUCCUAAAGAUGAUCGAGUUUGUAUUGCCAAGUGGACAUGGGAAUACGAGAAGCUAUACGACGACGUUCCUCUCCCUACAAAAUACACUGCCUUCAUUGCAGAUUACACGCGCGACCUCGAGACUAGGUUACUGUCUGAAUCAUGAAUGUCUCGGAGUUUCCUUGUUAAAUAAAUAAAUCAAAUCUUUUUUAUGUACGUUUUAUGUUGUUAGUUGCAAUAUAUAUAAUUAAUGUAACUUUU